CGUUUCAGCUUAAGCCAGGUAGAAAUAGAAAAAAGUUAGGGGUGGCGCACAAUGACUAAUUGUAUGAACUGGGAUAUGCCCAAGGCCGAUGUACCAUGUACCCUUUAAAAGAGUAUGUAUGCGAAUCCAGACUUCAGUCUACUUUCGGGCUUCAUGCAGGACAGUUGCUAGUUAAUUGUCUUGCAGUGCAGACGCGGGAUUUGUUUGUAAAUACAAGGGGUCAACACCCCUUGUGUUUAUAUAUUUCGCAAAAACAUUUAAAGAAUUAGUUUUUUUUUUUUAUAUCAACAUUUACCGCUGCGACAGUGAUUAGUUUAGUUACUUGACUAGGUGCAAUAUUAGACGGUGUGCGUGGAAUCCCAUCGCGCGCAUCGUCCCUGUGAUAAGAGGGCCCUGUGAUAUCGACGACUUCGUCUUAGCUUUAAAACUAGUUAGGCUUUAGUUAUUAUAAAAAAAAAAACAAUAUGUCUCCGCCAAUAGACGCCCACAUACUCCAGUUCGACGUUUGGGAGACGUUGGACGAAGAGUCAAUGGAAUUGACACAAACUUCUGAGUUUUGGACUCAAGUGCAGUACGAGACAGAGCGGCUGGACUUGUUAUCUCCAUCAAACUUAACGAAUAUAUUACAAGAUAGCGACGUGGAUUGGAGGAUUACUGAAACACCUGAGGAACUGCACAAAGAUAACAUAGUGCACCACGAUUGCAUGUGGGCAGGUUCAUGUAUAGACUCAGUGCAUCCUGCCAACACGUUCGUGCCGUCGGAUUUGAUAACGACAACUCCUGGACAAAGUUUAUUACGGCGGGACGCUUCGCCGCCUCGACCUGACACUCCGCCUUCGUUGGACGGCGAUGAGCCACCACAAUUCAAACAUGCUGUUGACGUGGCUGGAACGGCUUUAAGACUCUUGAGGGACUCCGCAGCGGUAGCAGCUGACCAUUCCUACACGCUCGCCCGCCAGCAUAUUGACUAUCUCGGCGUUCAGACACCUUCUGACUCCUGUGAAUCAGAGGAGGAAAUCGAUGUGGUUUCACUUGGAACUUCGCAACAACCAUUGGCUUCGACGUCACAAGUAAGCGUGGACUCGUCACCGCAAACGCCAUCCGUCCAGGAGCGGCAUUACAUACAGCGCACUGUGGAGCACGUCAUGACGAGACCGCCGGCUAGAAAGCGUCUAAUACCACCCACGAGUAUAACCAGUGGCAUCGCCUCGGUGCCUCGCCGGCGGAGAGGGCCCGGCAGACGCGGCCGCUCAAACACGGACACAGAUUCGGAAGCCGAAUCUCCAGAGAUCGAACGCCGUUCCAUGCACAACGACAUGGAGCGCUUACGGCGUAUCGGCCUCAAAAAUCUCUUUGACGAGCUCAAGAAACAAAUACCAGCAACUCGGGACAAGGAGCGUGCGCCCAAAGUUGUGAUUCUGCGCGAGGCCGCCAGCCUGUGCCGCAAGUUGCGGGAGGAGGAACUCGAGAGGGAACACCUCAAAAAGCAGCAGAACAAAUUGGUCACCAAGCUUAAAAAGUUGCGAACGAUGCUCGCGACCCGCUAUCGCCCAUACUGAGCUCAAUAUCUGACUUUUUGGUAAAGGUUUGAUUAGAGAGGCACGGUCCUCCGCGCUACACUCACAGUAAAGUGUAAGUCGGGAUGUAUGCUUACGUUCUCAUCUUUAUCCAAUAGGUUGAGGUUGAUCCUCGUCUGAUCCAUAAUAUUUUCGUGAUCGAUCGAUCGAUGUCUGUAUUAUUAUGAUCAGCUUUUACGGCUUACUAUGCUUCUGUGGGAUGAUGCGUGUAGUUGCGCCUUAAUCAAGGCGCUAUAACGAAAGUGAUUGUUAGCGGAAAUGAGGGAGGGACAGGUUUAUUCACUGUCAUGUACCGAGAAAGAGAUGGUAGUAAAGCAAGUUGGCCGAGACGUGGGCAAACAAAAUAUCGAUUUUAAUAUAAAUUAUGAUAAUAAAAUAAACCAUGAAUUUUGAAAACUGUAAUUAUGUAUAUAAUUUUCAAAAAUACAUAGAAAUGAAUUACAUUUCCGAUUCAAACUAAUAAAUUUUUAGAUUUUUUUGAUCAGUUUUUGGAUUUUUUUUUUAUGGAUAAAAUUGAUUCCAAUCGUUUUCUAUUUCAUAGCGAAUUUAGACUAAAGACUUAAAAAGCAUAAUAUUAUAUUUAAAUAAGUUUCAAGUAAUUAAUUUAUAACUUGCUUUAACGGUUCAGGAAAAUAUUGUGAGGAGACCCUGCAUGUUCUCAAAUAGUGUGAAAUCUGCCAAUCCGCACUU